AAUGACUUUCACCACGGCAUGCAAUUUUGCUUGGAUGGCGAUUGAAUUGCGUGAAAUUCUGUACGCAAUUCUUACGAAUAAUUAUGUAAAAUCUAAAAUAACAUUCGCUGCUGAUCACUUUGUCUGGUUCUUGUAUAACUUUUUCAAAUUCUUGCUCAUUAAUUAUAUGUGCGAAACCGUCACUAUUAAGGCAAAUGCAAUAGCCGAGUUAUUAAAUAGAUUAUCAUAUUUCACUUGCGAUGUUGAACUUCGUGAAAUAGUUUCACAAUUUUUAUUACAAGUAGUUCAUGCACCAGUUAGAUUCUGCGGAUUUGGAUUUUUUCAAUUUGGCUACAAAUUUCUUUAUAGGCUUGUCAUGUCUAUUGCAACCGUUUUAGUGAUAAUAAUACAAGCGUACGUAAGUGAAAAAUAUUAUUAUCAAGAAAAAAAUUCAAGCAAAAUAGGUUAAAUAAUAAUUCAUAUGUAAUAUGUAUCUUAAAAAAUGUAUUACAUGACAUUUUUUGAGUUUGGCUUAAUAUACAUAUAUUAGUAUUGAGUGAGAAGUAUCGAUUAACAAAAAUUAUUGUUAAAAAUGUUUUAUGCAAUAAAAGGUGAAUAAUAAACACA